CUCCUGACUCCUCUCUGUGAUCUAAAUACACCAGUGGACCUACUGACCUAGAUGAGGCCUGCCAUGCCAUAUGGAGCAGGAUGCAGGAGGACGGCUAUGUAGAUAUUCAGGUACUGGAGACUGAAGAAGAUGUCAGUGCGGGGAAGCCCCCCCAUAAGUGCCUGUCCUAUUCCACGGGGAGGUUUAGAAAUGGAGCCACCGGACUCUGCAAUAUCGGACCAACAAGCUGCCUCAAUCCGCUGCUACAGACGCUCUAUAUGAAUAAAGAGUUUACAGGGAUCCUGUGCAGGAUUGGUGACCCGGAGGACAACGUCGCCCCAAACAGACGACUCCCCUAUGAGCUGCUGGCGCUGUUUGAAGAAAUGCAGGACAGCAAGGAGGACGCAGUGGCCCCGUACAGCCUCCUGCACUGCCUGCAUGUUCUCAGCACGAAUGUUUGGGGUAGAAAAGUCUUCUCCACCCUACUGAACCUUCUCCUUCAGACAACGCCCAGCCCCCAACUGACAGAGAAGAUGAGAGCGUUGUAUACCAUUCAGAUGGAGGAACGCAUCACGUGUCAGAGGUGUUCCCAGCAGAGGACCACCCACUGCGACUGGCUAACUAUCCCACUCCAAAUCUCCCAUUCUAAGUUCCACAGAAAACUGACAUUGGAACGCACUCUGUGGAGAUACUUUCGUUCGCAGGAAACACACGACGACAAAAACUUCUGCCCCAAAUGUGAAAGUAGCAGAGCAGUGAAGGUGACACAUUUUAGAUCGUUGCCGCGCACACUAAGCAUUCACUUGAAACGCCUGAGCCGCAAGAAUCCGCUGCAAAAAGUCAACAGAACGCUGUCCUUCCCGCCGGUUCUAGAUCUCCUCGAGGUCCUGGAUCCGGAACAUCUACCGCAAGAAGAAUAUUCCCCGCCGCACUAUAAUUAUCGCCUGUUUGCCGUUGUGGCGCAUUCUGGCACCGGCGGCCUCGGUCAUUUCUGCUGUUACAUCAACAGUCACAAAGACGGCAGAUGGUAUUUCUUCAAUGACUCCAGCGUGUGCAGGGUGUCCUGGGAUGAUGUGAAAUGUACAUACGGGAACACCAUCUUCAAAUGGGGGGUGACGGCGUGCCUGCUGGUCUACGUACAAUCGGACGCUCCGUCAGGAGACACAAGACCUCCCGUGUGACACAAGGACAAUGGGACAAUCCUCCGCGUAGC